GUCUCGGGGACCUUAGGGGACACACACUCAGGAUGCUGGUCCCCUUCCUCCUCUUCCUCCUCUUUUGCUGCAGAGGGUGUGCAGGCCCGUCGCCUCAUUUCCUGCAACAACCGGAGGACCUGGUGGUGCUGCUGGGGGAGGAAGCCCGUCUGCCCUGUGCCCUGGGCGCAUACAGGGGCCUUGUGCAGUGGACUAAGGACGGGCUGGCUCUAGGGGGCGAAAGGGACCUGCCAGGAUGGUCCCGGUACUGGAUAUCUGGGAAGGCAGCCAGUGGGCAGCAUGAUCUCCACAUUAGGCCUGUGGAGCUAGAGGAUGAAGCAACGUAUGAAUGUCAGGCUACGCAAGCAGGCCUCCGAUCUCGACCAGCCCAACUGCACGUGCUGGUUCCUCCAGAAGCCCCCCAGGUGCUGGGAGGCCCCUCUGUGUCCCUGGUUGCUGGAGUUCCUGCAAAUCUGACCUGUCGGAGCCGCGGGGAUGCCCAUCCCACUCCUGAGCUGCUGUGGUUCCGAGAUGGGAUCCGACUGGAUGGGACCACAUUUUACCAGACCUUGAUGAAGGAGGGGACCACUGGGUCAGUGGAGAGCACCUUAUUCCUGACCCCUUCCAGCCAUGAUGAUGGAGCCACCUUGGUCUGCCGUGCCCGGAGCCAGGCCUUGCCCACAGGGAGGGACACAGCUAUCACACUGAGCCUGCAGUACCCUCCAAAGGUGACUCUGUCUGCUGAGCCUCAGACUGUGCAGGAAGGAGAAGAGGUCACUUUCCUGUGUCAGGCCACAGCCCAGCCUCCUGUUACAGUACAGGAUGCAGGCGACUAUGUGUGCAGGGCUGAGCCGGGGCGCUCGGGCCUGGGGGGCGGUAUGGCAGAAGCUAGGCUGACCGUGAACGCUCCCCCAGUAGUGACCGCCUUACACUCUGCACCUGCCUUCUUGAGGGGCCCCGCCCGCCUCCAGUGUCUGGUGUUCGCGUCUCCUGCCCCAGAAGCCGUGAUCUGGUCUUGGGAUGAGGGCUUCCUGGAGGCGGGGUCGCGAGGCAGGUUCCUGGUGGAGACAUUCCCAGCCCCGGAAGCCCACGGGGGACAAGGUCCAGGCCUGAUCUCUGUGUUACACAUUUCGGGGACGCAGGAGUCUGACUUUAGCAGGGGCUUCAACUGCAGUGCCCGGAACCGGUUGGGUGAGAGAGGCAUCCGAGUCCCUCUGAGCCGUAGAGAUUUGCUCCCCACCCUCCGCAUUGUGGCUGGAGUAGCGGCUGCGGCCACGACGCUCCUUAUGGUCAUCACUGGGGUGGCCCUCUGCUGCUGGCGCUACGCCUCUUUCUCCAAGCAAAAGAACCUGGUGCGAAUCCCAGGAAGCAGCGAUGGCUCCAGUUCACGCGGCCCUGAAGAGGAGGAGACGGGCAGUGGCGAGGGUCGGGGCUCCAGGGUGCCCACUGGCCACAGUGACCUGCUUCUGGAUGAGAAAGGGACUCUGGAGACUAAGGACCCAACCAACGGUUACUAUAAGGUACGAGGAGUCAGUGUGAGCUUGAGCCUUGGUGAAGCCCCUGGAGGAGGCCUCUUCCUGCCACCCUCCUCCCCACUUGGACUUCCAGGGACCCCUACCUACUAUGACUUCAACCCCCACCUGGACAUGGUCCCCUCCUGCAGACUGUAUAGAGCCCGGGCAGGUUAUCUCACCACACCUCAUCCUCGAGCUUUCACCAACUACAUCAAACCCACAUCCUUUGCACCUCCAGAUUUGGCCUCCGGGACUCCCCCCUUCCCCUAUGCUUCUUUCCCCACACCCAGCCACCAACGUCUUCAGACUCAUGUGUGA